AUGUCCUACCUAGCCAGCAAUGGAGGAAUUUACCUGCCAGAACAAGUUCCUGCCCUCGAUCGCUCCAAAUUGAAGGAUCUCAGUACGCUUCCCUAUUGGGAACUGUGCUACCAGUUGCUCUCUGAGUUCAUUGAGGAAGACUACUUGAAUCAUUCGGACUUUAUUUCCAAAAAUUUUGAAGACUUCGAUGAUCCAAAAGAAGUGAUUCACGUUACCAAGCUUCAAGGUGGCCUCAAGAUAGCUGAGCUCUAUCAUGGACCGACUCUCGCCUUCAAGGACAUUGCAUUGUCUGUGGUGGGAAGUCUUGUUGACAGCCUAUUGGAGAAGAAGAAGAAGAAGGCUAUCGUGUUGGUUGCGACCAGUGGUGACACGGGAAGCGCAGCCAUACAUUGUGUGAGGAAGAUGGUAAAUGCGGACAUCAUUGUGCUCUAUCCGAAAGGACGAUGCACUCAGGUCCAGGAACUACAGAUGAGUACAGUCCAAAGCCCCAAUGUUCACGUUUUUGCAGCGGAGGGAACUUCCGAUGACUUGGAUGAAAUCACAAUGGCAGUCACAUCGGAUACUGCCUUUGCUGAAGAACACGGGCUGAUGAUCUUCAAUAGCGCCAAUAUUGGUCGCAUCUUAGCCCAGGUCCCCAUGUACUUUUAUACCUACUACCGUCUUUGUAGCAUAGACAGCAUGGAGCCGCUGGAAGUUAUUGUUCCGACAGGAGGCUGUAGCAGCAUCACAGCGGGAACAAUUGCAGCUAAAAUGGGACUUCCAAUUAAAAUCGUGCCGUGCACGAAUAACAAUGAUGUCGUGACUCGUUGCAUCCAGAAUGCUGAUUUCUCUCAGGGGUCACAUGUCCAUCACACAUAUGCAUCGGCAAUGGACAUACAAAGUCCAUACAACAUGGAAAGAAUCUUCUAUAUGUUUUGUGAUGGAGAUGGAGAUCUGGUACAAGACAUGAUGGAAUCUUUUGGCUCACACGGGAAAAGUGUCAUCCCCAGUCAUGUAUAUGCCUCUAUGAAGAAAGUCAUUCCCGAGUCCUACUCUGCCAAUGAUGAGGAGAUCCUGAAAACUAUGAAACGAUGCUGGGAUGAGAAUUCAUAUGCCAUAUGCCCUCAUACAGCCACUGGUGUUUCCUUUCACUAUGCGCACAGUCCUACAAUACAACGGGUGGUCCUUGCAACAGCAUCUCUGGUGAAGUUUCCAGACGUCAGUCGGGCAUGUGGAAUUCCUAUGCUCAGCAAUCCCAGGGUGGAUGCUCUUCCUCAGGUUUCUCCACAAGUUCCUAUCAUGAAGGAGGGCGACGACUGGGAGGCACUCUUGCGUCAAAAGAUCAUCGAGAUUACGAAACAGCGAUCAAAAUGA